AUGGCCGCUACAAUUCUCAUUACUGGAGCCUCUGGGUUCAUUGGUUUCCAAAUCCUCCUUGACAGCCUAGCUGCUGGGCAUAAAGUCUUUUUCACCGUUCGAUCGGAAGACAAGGCUCAGAUUAUUUUGUCCAAUCCGGCUGUCAAGAAGUUGGCACCUGGUGAUCGACUCCUCCCUAUUGUCAUCCCAGAUCCCACUUUGGCCGACGCCUUCGACGAUGUCCUCAAAGAUAACAAUGUUACACAUGUUAUUCACGUUGGGUCACCUGUGACCAACCCGAAAUUCGACCCAAAAACUGAAAUCUUCGAGCCAACCGUCAAGUUAUCAGCAAACCUUCUCGCUGCCGCACUCAAGGCCCCCAGUGUUCAACGAAUCAUCAUCACAUCAUCAACUGUAGCAAACAUUGGCCUCACCCCGCCCUCAUCUAUCCCCUCUGCUACCACAUCUGGUGUGCUCCCUGAUGUUAUACCUCCAUUCAGUAAUGUCCAGGAGGCAUAUGUCCUCGGGAAAAUGGUUGAGCUUAAAGCCUCAGAAGACUUUAUCAAGAACCAGAAGCCUCACUUUACUAUUUCACAUAUUUUCCCUGGUUACGUUUUUGGCCGGAAUGAGCUCAUCCUCGAUGCUACUCAAAUGCGAACAAAUAAUAGUUCCAACACCUACUUUAUCUUAGGUAUGGUGGGUGGCGAGCUCCCGUUUCCAUUAGCUGGCAGCUUUGCACACAUUGAUGAUGUGAGCAAACUCCAUCUUCAGGCUGCCUUCCUUGACCCGACUUCGCCGGAGAUUAGCAAAAACUGGGGGAUAUCUACCGAAGUUGACUUCAGCACCAUCUUUGGUUCUGUUGAGAAGGCCUUCCCAAAGGCUGUCGCUGACGGUAUUUUCUCAAAAGGCAAGAUAGAUACUUUUGCCGCACCAUAUGAUUGCGGUGAUACGGAGCGAUUCUUAGGGAGGCCUUUGAAGACCUUUGAGACGGCUGCAGUAGAUGUUGCUGCCCAGUAUCUAGAAUUGCUCGGCAAGGACAAGGCGUGA